AUGGGCUAUAGCCCAGCCCUUCUUUUGAAACAUGCAUCACUAGAAAAUAGUGUUGGCUGGGAAAAUAAGGGGAUCCUUGAGAUCGGAGAAAUUCGACCUGAUUGGUUUGUGACGAUGAUUAGCAUUUUGAUGGAUUUAACACAACAAUACAUAUAUAUUACUAUGCAGCAAUCCAAGCCUCCAAGACACGUUCUUUCCUCCUUAUUAAUCUUUAAAUCGAAUAAAUUCAGUUUCGGCGGGCUUGCUUGUAACGAAAUGGCGGAAGAAUAUGGGAAGAGCUUUGCACGCAGAGAUCGUCUUUUGGAAAUCGAGUCUAAAGUCCAGAAGUGGUGGGAAGAGGGUGAUGUGUUCAAGGCUGAAGCCAAGGACUUGCCUCCCAAACCAGGUGAUAAGUUCUUUGGGAACUUUCCAUUUCCCUAUAUGAAUGGUUAUCUGCACUUGGGACAUGCCUUUUCCCUAUCGAAACUUGAAUUUGCUGCGGCUUAUCAUAGAUUGAGGGGUGCAAAUGUGCUCUUGCCUUUUGCUUUUCAUUGUACUGGGAUGCCCAUUAAGGCCUCAGCCGAUAAGAUUAAAAGGGAGAUUGAGAUGUUUGGAUGCCCACCUGUGUUUCCUGUUGUAAAGGAGGAGGAAGAUGCUGAGCAAGAAGGGAAACCCAAGGGCGAGAGUGCAGGAAAUCAGACUCAACCUGGUGGUAAGUUUAAGGGUAAGAAAUCGAAGGUUGUUGCUAAGUCUGAUGGUGUCAAGUACCAGUGGGAGAUUAUGAAGAGUUACGGUAUGACUGAUGAGGAGAUUGAGAAGUUCAAAGAUCCAUACCACUGGCUGACCUUUUUCCCGCCUCUAGCUGUGGAGGAUUUGAAGGCUUUCGGGUUGGGAUGUGAUUGGAGGCGAACUUUUAUCACAACAGAUAUGAAUCCUUAUUUUGAUUCAUUCGUCCGGUGGCAGAUGAGGAAAUUGAAAUCAAUGGGUAAGAUUGUUAAGGACUUAAGAUAUACUAUAUAUUCACCUUUGGAUGGGCAGCCCUGUGCAGAUCAUGACCGGGCUUCUGGGGAAGGUGUUAUUCCGCAGGAGUAUACACUCGUAAAAAUUGAUGUUGUCUCACCUUUUCCGCCAAAGAUGAGCGUUUUGGAGGGCAAGAAGGUAUAUCUUGCUGCUGCUACAUUGAGACCAGAGACCAUGUACGGGCAAACAAAUUGUUGGGUAUUGCCAGAUGGGAAAUAUGGGGCUUUUGAAAUUAACGAUACGGAUGUGUUUAUCUUAACAAAGAGGGCAGCUCUGAAUUUGGCUUAUCAAGGGCUGUCACGCAUUCCCGAGAAGCCAACUUGUUUGGUUGAGGUGACUGGUCAAGAUCUUAUUGGUUUGCCUCUGAGAUCUCCUUUGGCAUUUAAUGAUAUCAUAUAUACUCUGCCCAUGUUAUCAGUUCUCACCGACAAGGGUACUGGGAUUGUUACUAGUGUUCCCAGUGAUUCUCCUGAUGAUUACAUGGCCCUCCAUGAUUUGAAAUCAAAGCCAGCAUUCAGAGCCAAGUUUGGCGUGAAGGACGAGUGGGUUGUACCAUUUGAGAUCAUACCUAUCAUUCACCACCCAGAUUUUGGAGAUAAGUCUGCAGAGAGAAUAUGCCAUGAGAAAAAAAUCAAAAGCCAGAAUGAGAGGGAAAAGCUUGAUGAAGCGAAGAAAAUAAUCUACAAGGGAGGAUUCUAUGAGGGAACCAUGAUUGUUGGAGAGUUUGCAGGAAUGAAAGUCCAAGAAACCAAAAGUCUAAUCAGGAGCAAGCUUCUAGAGCUUGGUCAAGCCGUUGUCUACAGUGAACCCGAAAAGAAGGUCAUGUCAAGAUCUGGGGAUGAGUGUGUCGUGGCUUUGACUGAUCAAUGGUAUAUCACUUAUGGAGAACCAGAAUGGAAGAAAUCAGCAGAUGAGUGUUUGGCUGACAUGAAUCUCUACUCAGAUGAGUCACGGCAUGGCUUUGAGUACACCUUAAGCUGGCUGAAUCAGUGGGCAUGCUCACGUAAUUUUGGGCUUGGAACUCGUAUUCCUUGGGAUGAGGACUUUUUAGUUGAGUCUUUGUCCGAUUCAACUCUUUACAUGGCAUAUUACACUGUAGCCCAUCUGUUGCAGAGAGGCGAUAUGUAUGGUACCGAUAAAACUUUAGUAAAACCAGAGCAACUAACAGACGAUGUUUGGGAUUUCUUAUUUGUUGGUGGGCCAUAUCCCGACUCAUCAGUUAUAUCUCCUUCUCAGCUUAUUGAGAUGAAGAAAGAAUUUGAGUAUUGGUAUCCAUUUGAUCUCAGAGUUUCUGGCAAGGAUCUUAUUCAGAAUCAUCUUACCUUUUGCAUAUAUAAUCACGUAGCAAUCAUGCCCAAGCACCACUGGCCUCGGGGAUUCAGGUGCAAUGGACACAUAAUGCUGAACUCUGAGAAAAUGUCGAAGUCCACAGGGAACUUCAGGACAGUUCGUCAAGCUAUUGAGGAGUUUUCAGCUGAUGCUACGAGAUUCUCUCUCGCAGAUGCGGGUGAUGGUAUGGACGAUGCCAAUUUUGUCUUCGAGACAGCGAAUGCUGCAAUCUUACGCCUGACAAAAGAGAUGGUGUGGAUGGAAGAGCUUUUUGAAGCUGAGUCAUCUUUGAGAAGUGGUCCCCCUUCCACUUAUGCAGAUCACGUGUUUGCAAAUGAAAUGAAUAUAGCAGUCAAGAUGACUGAGAAGAACUAUAGUGAGUACUUGUUUCGGGAAGCUCUGAAAACUGGUUUCUAUGAUCUUCAGGCUGCAAGGGAUGAGUAUAGGCUUUCUUGCGGAUCAGGGGGCAUGAACCGUGAUUUAUUGUGGCGCUUUAUGGAUAUUCAGACAUGUCUAAUUGCUCCUAUCUGUCCGCAUUAUGCCGAAUAUGUCUGGAAGGAGCUGUUGAAGAAGGACGGAUACGUCGUAAAAGCUGGGUGGCCUCAAGCUGAUUUGCCAGAUCUCUCUCUCAAAAUGGCCAACAAAUACUUGCAAGAUUCAAUUGUAUCUAUGAGGAAGCUUUUGCAGAAACAGAUUACGGGUUCCAAAAAAGGUAAUGUAAGUAUACCUAAUAGCCAAAAUAAGCCAACUGUUGGUCUAAUAUUUGUGAAUGAGCAGUAUGAUGGGUGGAAAAAAGAAUGCUUGAACAUACUCCAGAAGAAGUUCAACACCGUAACACAAUCCUUUGCACCCGAUGAAGAGAUCCUUUCUGAAAUGCAGAGAAGUGCAAUUGGACAGCAAGGCAAUUUCAAACAAAUGCAGAAGCUAUGUAUGCCUUUCUUGAGGUUCAAGAAGGACGAAGUUAUGGCUGUCGGGGUUCAAGCAUUGGAUCUGAAGCUGCCCUUUGGUGAAAUUGAGGUUCUAAAGGAGAACUUGGAACCGAUCAAGCGACAAUUAGGGCUUGAUUGUCUGGAAGUUUUGUCUGCUACAGAUGCUGAUGCUAUCGAGAAAGCAGGGACUCAUGCCACUCUUUUGAAGUCUAAUCCACCAUCCCCUGGAAAUCCAACCACAAUCUUUAUGAAUGAAUGA